UGAAGCAAAAGUGAAGCCGGAAUUUGGCGUUGCUCAUGGCGAUGCUCCGCCUUUUGGGCCACCCUCCUCUCUUGUUUACAUCUUUCGCGAAACCACGCCGCGCUGCGCGUGGUGUCGCACGCUCGCGCAACAUCUGGCAGAGCACGGUGCAGGUAACACAGCGCAACAAGACACGGUGACCAACGCAAACCCGCCCACUCAGCGCCUUUGCCACGGCCCGAAACCUACCCGAGCAACACGUGUGAGCGCUCAAAACCAUAACAACGCCGCCAUUGUGGCCCAAAAGGCGUGGCCAUACAACAAAAAAAAUAAAAAAGCAGCAAAAAAAUGAAAACCUACUACGUCAUUUCCGCCACACUUUUCUCCUAGCGCGCGGAGGGGGUAGGGCCUCUCCUUAGUUUCCUUCCUCCGUGUGCUUCACAAAGAGUGACGUCAGGGCCUCUCCUGAGUUUCCUUCCUCCGUGGGGUAGGGCCUCUCCUUAGUUUCCUUCCUCCGUGGUAGCAGCCAUAGAGUUAGUAGAACCUUGGAGGAUGCCAUAUAGAUUCCUGUGAAAAGUCAUCCAUCUAUGGCUAACUUUUGGCUACUUUUGGGCCUUUGGCAAUGUCACUCUGCGCCAUCUAGCAACACUGGUCAUCGGGGAAUGGGGGAGGACCUGGAAGGACUUCAAUGGCGGCGUGCACGAACCAGCUCGUAGCGGCCAAGCAAAAACUUUCUUAUGUUUUGGGGGAUCGUUUCAAAACAUACAUGAAUUGCUUGAAACUUUGGUUCAGCCAGAAGCUCACCAAGGAAGAUUUUGACUCGGAGGUCAGGAAAGUGCUGAGUCAAGAAGGAGUGCACGCCCACAAUGAGUUCCUGCUGGCCUUCUUCAACAAGUGCCAAGCCCCAUGUGCAGGCCGUGAGUCAAGCUCCUCCUCGCAUGUCCGGGACAAGCUCAAGAAGCUCAAGAGCAAGGUGAAGCCUGUGCGGGUCACUUUUGAGAAGCGGUUUGUGCCAGUGGCAGUUACCCGGCAUGUGCCUACGGCACGUGAGCCUGCAGCCGAACGCAGUUUGGACUUGUGUCUUCGAGAGCGCUGCCUUCCUGACUCGACUCUUGUCCAUGGGCGCAUGUUCGUCAUUGCUUGGGACUGCGGACUGGAGGCUGUCGACGACCGGGCGGUGGAGCUGGUGUUGCUUGCCAUCAAGCAACGGUUGCGAGCCCUUCUCUCGGCAGUGCUCAGCCGUCGCAGUGCAUACAAGUUGCGGGAUGGGCGAAUGCUGCACACCCUGGGCUGCGCACCACCGAACCCCUACCUACGGUUUGCUGCCCGCUGCCACUUUUCCCAUGGCUAUAGCCGAACCACAGCAGUGACACUGGCAGGGGAGCACCAGCCAUGUGCGCCGCUGAGCUUGGAUUGGGCCGAGAGCAGGGCAGCUCUGGAAGUGGCUGCUGACCCCUCGGAGCAUCCGCCUCGUCAGCCGGUUUGCGCCGCUGAUUUGCUGGAAACAUUACAGUAUCGGCGUUCAAGGGCCAAAGCAGCUACAGCCUCAGUCGAAGUCUGGAGCGGGGCAACAUCGGCGCUUGUGGGAUCAACCUCUGCAGCGUCUUCGUUUGGCCGCUACUUCUGCUGCAAUCUCCAAGUCCAUCAAUCGAAGUUCGGCGUGACAUCCUGCUGGCACACUCUGUCCAAGCACGGGCCCUGGAGCACACCCUGGCCGCCCAGUGGCACCCGAGCCAUGAAGAGCUACGACAGGCAAGCAUCCACGAGCAAGAGGAGGCCCUGCGGACACAGCUGCUUGAGCACCACCAGCUCUGUGUUUGGUGACGCCCACUUUGUAGUGGGCUUGGAUGUAAUGGACUGUUUCCCAAUGUGCUAACAAGUGCAACCAUUACUCAUUUGUUCUCCUUAGGAAUGAGUUUGGUAAAGCCACUGUAACAGACACAGACCACACUCAACUCUCGUCUCUAGGGGACUGCAGUAAAUGAAUGUAGCACCUA